UUCAGCCCAAGCAUAUUUUUGAGGAUCGGGGUGUGAGGGUAGGUUUUGCUUAAUUUCUGUGACGACACGGUUUCUUGUGACCUCACCAGAGUUAAGAGUCGUGGCCGAGACCAGCAGGAGUUUAUUAGAGGUCCACAGAGCUAGACUCCGGCAUCCGCAUGCACUAGUGCACUGGAGGAGGCUGCUGUCCCAAGACCGGGAGAGAACCUCGGUGCCUGGAUUCCUGGUUUCUUAAAGAUGAAGAUGAUUCCUGGGAGUUCAAACUCGCGAGAGUAGAGCUUCCUCGCCCGCCCUGCAAUGUGGCAUCCGCCGGUACUGCUGCUGCUGCUCCCCUCUGCUCUGGUGCCCCCCUGCCCUGCAGCCCUUAUCGGCGAUGCUGACGCCCAGGAGAGCUCCGUUUUUUUAGGCCUCCAGAGCCUACUCCAAAGCUUUAGACGACUUUUUCUAAAACCCCAGGAUGACUUGCUUCGGGGCACAGACAGCUUAUUCUCUGCCCCCACGGACUUCCGGGGUCUCCCGAGGAACUACCACCAAGAAGAGAAACAGGAGCGCCAGCUGGGCGACAACACCCUCUCCAAGCAUCUCCAGAUUGACAAGAUUACGGACAACAAAACAGGAGAGGUGCUGAUCUCCGAGAAGGUAGUGGAAUCAGUCGAGCCAAGAGACAGGAGCUUGGAGGGUGACCAGAAGGUACCCAAGAUGGAGGAGAAGGAGGCCCUGGUGCCCGCCCGGAAGGCCAUGGACAGCUUCCACACAGAACCCCAUCCCCGGGUAGCCUUCUGGAUCAUGAAGCUGCCAUGGCAGAGGUUCCACCAGGAUGCUCAGGAGGGCGGCCACUGGCCCAGUGAAAAGAGACACCGCCUGCAAGCCAUCCGUGACGGGCUCCUCAAGGGGACCCAUGAGGACAUCCUCAAAGAUGGGAACCAGGGCUCCUCGCACUCCAAACUGCCUGCCCGCAAGACCCGCUUCCUGUACAUCCUCAGGCCCUUCCAGCAGCUGUAAGGUUGAGGACUGGGGAACACCUGUAUGUACCCCACACCAGACCCCACCCCAACCACUAUAUAGAAAUAAAGUUAUUUCUUAUUUCUA